AGAAACAACUCAACACGUGCAGGCUUAUUGUUUGUAUGUGGACGUGUACUAUUUUACAAUAUGUGGAGGUUACUGCAAACGUGUUACUGCUGCUGCUGGAUUUUCUCGGCAGUCGUGCCCUCAUCAGAGUGCCAUCGCGUGCUCACAGGAAACCAAGGUGAGUCCUGUGCCCCUGUCCAAGGCCUUCGUACAGCCAUGGCUGGUGAGACACGACUGCGGAGAGCUGCUACCGAAGAGACCUACUGGGCCUACUCAGGUAUAUAUGGACCAGAUGAGGGCUGGGCAUCAGCCUACCCAGAAUGUAAGGAGAAAAACCAGUCACCAAUAAACAUUGUGGACCAAGACGCUAAAAUCUCCACUGAGUUUCAGGAAAUUACACUGGAGGGCUUCAAUACUGAAUCUUCAAAUAAGACGUCUAUGAAGAACACUGGCAAAACAGUGGCCAUUAUGCUCAAAGAUGAUUAUUUUGUGAGGGGAGCAGGCCUACCAGGGAGAUUUAAGGCAGAGAAAGUGGAGUUUCACUGGGGGCCAAGCAACGGAUCAGAGGGCUCUGAGCAUAGCAUCAAGGGACGGCGUUACCCAGUGGAGAUGCAAAUCUAUAUGUACAACUCGGAUGACUUUGACAGCCUCAGUGGAGCACUUAAGGAGAAGAGGAUCAUCGCAGCCAUGGCAGUUUUCCUUCAGGUUGGAGGAAAAGACAACCCUGCUGUUGAACCUAUAAUUCAUGGCUUAAAGGGUGUGGUCCAUCAUGAAAAAGAGACUUUGUUGGAGCCUUUUGUGCUAAAGGACCUGCUGCCAUCCUCGUUGGACAGCUACUAUCGCUACACGGGCUCCCUGACUACUCCUCCCUGCAGUAAAAUUGUUGAGUGGAUCAUCUUCAGCAGACCAAUCUACGUCUCUUUCAAACAGUUAGAGGCUUUUUACUCAAUCUUCACCACGGAGCAACAGGACCAUGUUAAGUCAGUGGAAUAUCUACGCAGCAACUUCAGACCAAUUCAGAGCCUGGACAAUCGCCAUGUUUUCAAGUCAGCGGUCAAAGACGCCUGGCUGCCUGACCUGUCUCACAGUGGGAGUGGGCCUUAUGGCACAGAGUCUUCCAGAGUGUGCAGCAGUGCUCCCGUAAACAUGAAGGUGCAACACGUGAACGUAAGCGCCCUGGUGGUUCGCUGGGCACGUCCAGAGGUCAUCUACCACCCACCGAUCCUCCACUUUCUGGUGUCCUACAGCUGGACAGCUCACGAUGACAGCUAUGAGGAGACACACCUCACUGAUGCAAAACACAAACUGGAGGCUGUCAUCUCACAUGUCUCACCGGAUGUGCUUUACCUUUUUCGGGUUCAGGCUGUCUGCACCAAUGACAUGCGCAGUGAUUUCAGUCAGAGCAUGCUCUUCAGAGCAAACACCACUAGGAUCUUUGAGGGAACACGGAUCGUGAAAACCGGAAUGCCAACAGUUUCACCAGCCUCUUCAGCCGACAUGGCCCCUAUCUCCUCUGGUUCAUCUACCUGGACCUCCUCAGGCAUUCCCUUCUCCUUUGUCUCCAUAGCGACAGGAAUUGGCCCUUCCUCCAGUGGUAGUCAGGCAACGGUGGCAUCUGUCGUAAUCAGCACUUUACUAGCUGGACUUGGCUUCAGUGGAGGAGUCAUUUCCUCUUUUCCUAGCUCAGUUUGGCCCAGCAGAGCACAAACAUGCAAUCUCACACCACAGCCCAAUGAACACACCAUGCCCAGCAAGGAUGUCAGCACUCCUGUUGUCAAAAAAUCCUCAGAGAAAGAGAAGAGUGAGAUAGGGAAUGAAGGCAGAGACAAUGACACGUGUCAAGAAGAUGAUAGAGAAAGAGAAGAGGAGGAUAAAGAGGAAGAAGAGGACAAAAAUGAGAAGAAACGAAAGAAGGGGCCGGUAGAGUUGGUAGAGCAAGGGAGAAAGUAUGACAGUGUGGAUGGGAAUGAUCCAGCUUGUGGCAAACCCAACCCUACGGCAAAAGAGAAAGAAAGGAAGGCACCAGAUCCAACUCAUAGGCCAACUGUUGUAGAAGACCUCCGGGUGGUCUUCAACCUCUGUGUAUUUGUCCAUAACCACACCACUGUUACCACAUUCUUGGUUCCUGAGGGGUACCCAUUGAUGCUUAGGCUGCAACCAGGGGAGGCCAGUGAACGUCUGCCUGUCUCCAUCCAUACUGUGGCCAACUGGACCCACCAAGUGAGAAAUAGAUCACGGCUGGACCAUGUGCACUGGAUGACACCUUUGAUGGUGGUCUCACCUCUAUCCUUCCUCUGUCUUGCUCUGCUCCUUGCUGUAUUCUUAUAUUGGAGGGGUUGUUUCCAAACAACACAUCUCUAUGUGGAGGACAGCAGUUUGCCCAAGAUGGUGGCCAAUGAGACGGCACCUGUUGCCCCCAUCGCAGAUGAUACAAAAGUCAUUCAUGUGAAGCACUUCAUCAAGCAUGUCUCAGAACUCUCCUCGAAUAACUUGCAUGGAUACUCACAGGAUUUUGAGGAGGUUCAGCGCUGUACUGCAGAAAUAAAGAUCACAUCGGAAAACUCCAUCCAUCUUCAAAACAAGCAUAAGAAUAGAUACAUCAACAUAGUGGCCUAUGACCACAGCAGAGUGAAGUUAAUCAUGUUAGAGGGAAAGGACUCCAAACACACGGACUACAUCAAUGCCAACUAUGUAGAUGGUUACAAUAAGCCCAAGGCUUACAUUGCAGCCCAGGGUCCACUCAAGUCUACCUUUGAGGAUUUUUGGCGGAUGGUGUGGGAGCAGAAUACAGGCCUCAUUGUCAUGAUCACUAACUUAGUUGAAAAAGGACGAAGAAAAUGUGACCAGUACUGGCCAACAGAGAAUAGUGAAGAAUAUGGCAACUUAGUUGUUACACUAAAAAGCACCAGAGUUCAUGCUUGCUACACUGUUCGACAUUUUACACUGCAUAACACUAAAGUGAAAAAGGGUGGAAAGGGGCACCCAAAGACACGGGCUCAGACUGAGCGGAACGUGCUCCAGUAUCAUUAUACGCAGUGGCCCGACAUGGGUGUUCCUGAAUACACCUUGCCUGUCCUCACAUUUGUUCGCCGGUCCUCUGCUGCCCAAACACCUGAUAUGGGGCCGAUGGUUGUCCACUGCAGUGCGGGAGUGGGUCGCACGGGGACCUACAUCGUCAUUGACAGCAUGCUGAACCAGAUCAAGGACAAAAACACCAUUAACGUAUUCGGCUUUCUGAAACACAUACGUACUCAGCGCAACUACCUAGUCCAGACUGAGGAGCAAUACGUAUUUAUCCAUGAUGCCUUGACGGAAGCCAUCUUGAGCAAGGAGACUGAGGUUGCAGCCAGCCACCUUCAUCACUACACAAACACCAUCAUGACACCAGGACACAGUGGUCAGACACGUGUGGAGAAACAGUUUAAGUUGAUUACACAGUGCAAUGCCAGAUUCAUGGAGUGCUUCAAUUCUCAGAAGGAGUGCAACAAAGAGAAAAAUAGAGUAUCCUCUGUGGUGCCAUCGGAACAAGCCAGGGUGAGCUUAGCACCUUUGCCUGGCAUCAAGGGGAGCGAUUACAUUAACGCCUCUUACAUUAUGAGUUACUACCGUAGUAAUGAAUUCAUCAUUACCCAGCAUCCUUUGCCCCACACCACAAAAGAUUUCUGGAGAAUGAUUUGGGACCAUAAUGCACAAAUCGUUGUCAUGCUGCCUGCCAACCAUGGACUGGCAGAGGAUGAGUUUGUGUAUUGGCCCAGUUGGGAGGAGGCCAUGAACUGCAAAGCCUUCACCGUUACCCUCAUCAGCCAAGACACACUCUACUUGACCAAUGAAGAACAGAUUAGCAUCCACGACUUCAUCCUGGAAGCUACACAGGUUGCUUGCAUGUGUGUUAGUGACGAUUAUGUAUUAGAGGUGCGUCACUUUCAGUGCCCCAGGUGGCCAAAUCCCGACAUGCCCAUCAGCAGUACCUUUGAGCUUAUUAACGUCAUCAAGGAAGAGGCAGCCAUCCGAGACGGACCAACCAUCAUCCACGAUGAGUUUGGAGCAGUAUCGGCGGGUUUGCUGUGUGCCCUCAACACACUGUCUCAGCAACUGGAAAGUGAGGGGGUUGUCGAUGUCUAUCAAGUGGCCAAGAUGAUCAACCUAAUGAGGCCGGGAGUCUUCACAGACAUGGAUCAGUACCAGUUCCUGUACAAAGCCCUCCUCAGUCUUGUCCACACCAAGGAGAUCAGCUUCGGGCCUCUGGACAUUACUCGGCCCUUGGCAUCCUUGUCUGAUCAAUCCGACCAAGCAGAAAGUCGAGAAUCACUGGUGUGAGGGCCAGAACCGGACUGAAGAUAUUACGUGUCUCCAAACAUCCUGCGCCUCUUCGACUCCUGGGGUGCUCAUAGGAGGCAUUUAACUUUGUAAGCCGUCAAAGAACUAUUGGUAGACUUUUUGAGGCCUUUUUUUUGCCAGACUCUUGGUUAAGAUAAAUAACCUGAUUACUUUUAUACACUGAUAUAAAAACAAAUUUGAUAUUUAUUUUUUUCGUCUUAAUGUCCUCUAAUUGAAGGGUUUGCACCUGCAUUUUUAAGUUUUAAACUGCGUCGGCAGGCAAUGAGAUGCACUACUGUCGUUUCUUGUUUGCACUAUAUAAUGUCAGUGUUACUGCCUAUGCUGAUGCCCACACAUGUGGCUGGCGCACGUUGAUUGUUUGACAUUCCACAACCUUGUUCCCUGCUUCUGCGAAGGACAUUGCUCCGUUUGACGCUUUCCACUGGAUUUAAACCAGCUGAGGGAGGAGGUCAAACUCACCUCAGUGGCUAAAUGCUGUUCAACUGCAAUAACCUCCUCAUCACAGCUCCUCUGGCCAACUGCAUUACUACACAUAAUCAUAAGAGACAUUACCUAUUACCACUGAGCCCUUGUUCUACAAAAUGCAUCUCUCUUUUUGUUGUUGUUGUUUUUGCUCUUUCCUGUUCCUCUUUAUUUUUGAACUCACAUUCUUGUUCGAAUACCUAACAAAAAAGUGGUUGAAUUUUUUUGAGGUCACUUUCUGAUUUUGUAUAUAUGGAAACACUGUAUGCACUUAUGCAUAUAUUAUCCUCCUAACUUUUUUGUGCAAGUUCUUUAAGUCUUAUUUUAUCACUACCCAGCCCUUCUGCUCUUUUUAUGUGUACGCUGCUAUGUUGGCACAGUUCACACACUCAAUCACAGCUGUUUCUCGUCUCAUUGAAAUCAUUCUGCUACGCAAGCACGAAUUAAGAACACCGUUUCCAAAACUCUCAUCGGUCGUGUGUGGGAAAAAGCUUGCUAUAGGAAGGACACACUAUGAUAUGCAAGGGAACAUAUACUCAACAAGUUCUAUGCAACAGGUUGAAGAAAACCAAAACAGGGUGUGAUUCUCAGUGUUAUAUGUUAUGGAUCAUCUGACCUCUUUUUCUGCUGUCUGGAUAGAGACAAGAGACUGCUAAAUAACAUUUUCUAUUAACCAAUUGAUGUCUUUCUCAUUUCAUUAGCACAUGAGCUACUAACAGAGAAACAGACAAGAUAGGAGUUCUUUUUUUUUUUUUUUUUUUUUUUUUUACAUUGUUUUUGACAGAUAGUUCUAAAUCUGAAUUUUUUGUAAGAUUGACUAAUCUGCUACUUUGCCAUGUCCUCGGUUUACCGACAUACAACUUUUCAAGGUUACGGACGGCACGCAAUGACCUAUUUUCGCAGCGCUGUAAUUAUGUCACGUGCGAGAAGGGACACUUACUGUUUUUCAUUUUAUUGUUUUAUAUCUAUGGCUGUUUUUUUUUCCCCAUUCAAAUAUUUACUGUAAUUAUGACUUUACUGCAUUAGCGUAGGUUCGUGAAAGGCUACGGCGUUCUGAGUACAAAAUAGAAAGGAACUCCUUCGUAAACCGAAGAACCCCUCCCUGUAUAAUAUUUCCAAAAUGAGUAGAGAAAGUAAUUUGUAGAAUAUCCACUACAUGUUUACAUUUUGUUGUCAAUGAACUAAGUCAAAUAACUUCUUCUUGGUCAUGUCAUUUCAUGGUAACUUAGAUAUACUGUGCUGGAACUAAAUUCGGUUUAAAAAUGGGAACAUUUAAGAAUCCUGUAAAAACAGUAAAUGUUUCACGAACCUCCACCAAAAUCACAGUUAAAUGGUUCAAAUAUUCUACAAAAAAAAACUAUGGGAACUAUAAACAACUGCGGAUUAUUUACCCUUGUUUUUGGGAGCAAGAUUUUAUUGCAUUUUGCCAUUAUAAACAAGUUUUCCCAAUCUCUUUUGAUCUGAUUAUAUUUCUGACAGCAAAACAUAUCAGUCUCACUCCUUGUUACCCAAAUUAUCUACCUGACAGCUAUUCAAUUGAAAUACCAAGUCCAUUAAACCUGCCGUAAGGGCACAAAAAAAAAAAAAAUAUUUGACUCCAUCGUUGAAUUAACAUUCUUGAAGGCUUAAAUGAAACUCAAUUUCAUGUGCCAGAAGUUUCUGACCAGUUUGAAUGUUUAGCACACUUGAGCAGCUCUGAAUAUUCAAAUUUGUAGGGGGAAAAGGUUGAUUGAAUAUCAUUUGCUCGCUUGCGGGGCUGUAUCCUGCCUUCAAGCCCUUUGUAGAUUCUGCACUUGCCAUAUUCCACAGUUUGAGAUGCAGUUAGGGGACAAAAAAAAAAAAAAAAAAAAAUCAUCAA